CUCCACUGAAGCGGUAGCGGGGAGCGCAGAGGAGACACCGUUGCGAUGUUGGCUGUCCGGUGCGGCGGCAGCGGCGGCGGCGGCUGCGGUGGCGCCUACCUGACGGCUCAGAGGACAACGGCUGCUCGGAGCGGAGCCUUCAACGGCCGCAGCGCCCUUCUUGCUGCGGGAACUGGGGCCAGGGAGCUGAGCCUUAGGGUUUCCCUCUCGCCCAACUCCCACCCCCACCGCGUCGGCGCUUCAUGCCCGUGGCCAGUGCGUUGCUCCCCCUGUCCUUCUCCUGAUUUGGAGGUGCCGCGCGUCAGUAAGAAGAAGACCAGGAACGAGGAAUGGGAGGCGUUGAAGACGGAGUUCGGACGCAUGUUCCGGCCGCAGCUUCGCAAUCUAGGGGAACUCUUUUCGCUCCGCCGUGUCUACGACAUUGAGGAUUAUCAGCUGGGCAUCCUGUUUGGUGCAUUUCUUGGAUGCGUUGGCUGUUACCAACUGUGGAAGACGGCGCCUUCCAUAUUUGUUGAUGCCAUGCUCGCAUUCAUCUUCUACAAGCUCAGUGUUGUGUCCUCGGAGCUACAUAGAAGCCACAAGUCCAACAGCCUGAUUACGCGGCUGAAAUUCGGUACCAUACUUAUCAUGGUUUGGAAGGACAUCAAGAAAAACUAUGUCCUCCUGGAUGUUAUUAGGAUGCCGGUUCUCCUCCUCUACAUUUGUGCAUUCCUGUUCGAUGUUGCUGGCGUGAAGAAAUAUGGAAGGCAAGGCUUGGUCUAUUUUGUUAAUCUGUUGAAAACCAGAGGUGGGCUUCAAGAGAUAUACAGGAUUAUGUGGUUGCCUGGCUAUGUCUCUCCCUAUGACGAUUCUAAGAACUAGUUAUGAGGCUCAGGUUCUUGAUGUGCAUGCAUGAGAAUGGGACUGCAUCCCCUUGGGUAUUUUCUGGAUGGGCAUGUAUCGGGUCAAACUCCUAGAGGUUUGCAAGGAAUUUUGUUUAGUUCAAGGGGUUCAGUGUAGUAGUGCCUCAUCCGAACAAGCCCUUUGUUGGGGCGUAGAAUAUGGGAGCCCCAGUCUGUAAUAUAUGUGCGUAUAAGUUCUCAUCUGUACAAGCCACCUCUUAGAUGAAUAUCUACAUAGUUUCUCCUUCUCUUAUAAAUCCAGUAUCAAACUUAUCUUA